CUGCACACGCUCACUUUUGCUGGAAGUGUAUAUAAACAGACUGAAGUUCGAGACAUCAUUUCAGCUGUGGACGAUGCACAGAAUGGACGCGAUGUUAAAACUGGGGAUAUUACUAGUAUGCAGCAUUAUUUUUGCUUGUUGUCAAGAGAUAGACCUGAAGAGUACGGAACAAGAAAAGCCACAAAUCUACUUUUUACACGUGAAGUCGGAGAUUAAAUAUCGUUUCUCAAAGACAGUGAUCACCAGCAAAGUCGUCAACCCCAGCAAGCGUGCUUCUGAAGCUCUCUUUGACGUCACACUUCCAAACGAGGCUUUCAUGACAGCCUUCAAAUUGAUCACAAAAGGAACCGAAUAUACGGGUAAAGUCAAGGAGAAGGAAGAAGCAAAGAAGGAAUACGAUAGGGCGAAGUCACGUGGUCAGAGUGCCGGGCAUAUAGUUGCAAAACCGAGAGAUUCCAAUAAAUUUCAAAUUCAAAUAAACGUUGCAGCCGGCGAAAAAGUGACAUUCGAAUUAACGUACAGGGAACUGUUACGCAGGAGAGUGGGGAAUUACGAACAGUUGAUUUAUAUCAAUCCAGGCCAAGUUGUGGAGGAUUUUAGAAUCGAUGUCUCCAUCGAGGAAUACCGCAACAUAACAACUGUCAAUGUACCACCGUUACGAAACGACUUACUAACAGGCAAACAAGAGGGAAAAAACAGCGAUGCCGAAAUAGUACAUGUAUCACCAACUGAAGUGAAGAUUUCCUAUUUUCUAACGAGGUCUCAACAGGAGGCUCUGUCUGAACAAGGCAUUUCCGGCCAAUUUGUUGUGCAGUAUGACAUUCAGCGGGAGAAGGACUCCGGGGAAGUUCUGGUAAUGGACGGCUUCUUCGUUCACUAUCUGUCUCCUGCUGAUUUGAAUCCCAUGGCGAUGGACAUAGUUUUCAUUCUAGAUCGGAGCGGAUCCAUGACCGGAAAUAAGAUGAAGCAACUCCAGGAAUCUAUGUUGAAAAUCUUGGACGAGAUCAAUUCAAAUGACCGCUUGAUGUUAAUAGCUUUUGACGAUAGGCUGAAGUUUUGGCGUAGAGAACUGGUCCAAGCUACGAGUGCUAAUAUUGAAAAUGCUAAAACGUUUAUCAGGAACACAGGUGCCGAUGGAAGUACGGACAUUAAUCUAGCGAUGACAGAGGGGCUACAGCUACUGACCAAAGAAACCCGGGAUUCUCGAGCACCCGUUUUGGUUUUCCUUACAGACGGCCAACCAACGUCAGGGGUUACAAACACUUUCAAAAUUCUUCAAAAUGUCAAAAAGUUCAACGAAGUUAAUAUUCCAAUUUUCAGUUUAGCGUUUGGGCGAGGCGCUGAUUUUAGAUUUACCAAGAAAGUUGCGGCCCAAAAUAACGGUCUUGGCAAGAAAAUUUACGAAGAUUCUGAUGCCGCUCUGCAAAUAUCUGGAUUUUACCAAGAAAUAUCAACAGUUCUAAUGCGAAAUGUCUCUUUUAAAUACGUUGAUGGUUCUUUAAAUGACUCCACAGUGACAAAGACAAAUUUUAACACGUUUUUUCGCGGAUCAGAACUCAUUGUUGCAGGACAGGUAAAUGAUGUAAGUAAACUGCAAGACGGAGUAGAUGUAUCAGCCAUAGGAUUUGAUAGGGAUGGAGUGGCACUCAGGAGACCUGUUAUUUGCAUCAUUCCACCCACACCGCCAAUUCUGCCAGCUCCAACCGCGGAACCCCAACCCAAAGAACGCAGCAUAAUGGAGAAUGUUUGGGCGUACCUUACUAUUAAGCAGUUAUUACGUAAAAAAGAUUCACUAGAUGAUAAAAAUGAAAUAAAAGACAUCGACAAGAAAAUUUUGGCCAUGUCUCUGAAGUAUCAAUUUGUCACUCCGCUGACAUCAAUGGUUGUGACAAUUCCUGACGAUUUGAAGCCUAGUCUGAGGAGCGUCGAUAGUGAUCAAGAUUUAGCAGUAGAAAGGAAUGCUUUGAUGUACAAUCCUAAUAGGCAGAUUUCCACUUCAAUGUAUAGCCGGAUUGCGGGUCUGCCAGGGCGAUCGUCAUACGUAGGGGGAGGUUUAGGUACGUCUUUACCAUCAUACGAUCCCCAACCUUUUCUGCCUUUGCCAUCAAAGCGAAACAGGAAACGGAUAGCAUAUGCGAGAUUGCCCAGAGUGAAGAAAGGGAAGAGGAAAGGGAAACAAGGAAAGCAAAGACGCAAGACGUCAUCGAAUUCCUUUACACCAAAAAGUCAGUUUCCGUCAUUCCUUGUCAAUAUAUCCUCCGUGGAGAUGUGCUUUGACCUGCCUAUGGAAAAGUCCAAAAUGUACAAUAUUAUCAAAAUAACACAGCAGAAGGAUGGAUGCACCAUGUCGGCGAAUAUUGAUUCCAAACAGAAAUCAAUUACAACUAUCAAAAUAGAAAAGUUUGCAGGAAAGACGACCCAAGAAACGUUUGUUGCGGAAACAUCCAAGGCAAUUCCGAGUUUCCAGUGCAACGCAGAUGGAAUUAGCUUAGGUCUGAGCGAUACUCGGAGAGGUCUCCAAGUGAAGGCAGAGUUUUACGGCCGACAGCGGAAACAGUAUACCGGAAUUUUAAGUACGUGCUGUUUUUAUUCACUGUUUAAAUUCAACUUUACAUCAAUUCAAUUUGUCACUAUAGAUAUCAACUUUAUGUUGCGGUGUGUUUGGCUGCUUCUACAUCUCAGUACAUUUGUAAAGUAUCAAUUAAAACGCUACCACUGUCCUCCCCCUGAACUCUGGACCUCUCUACAUUUGCUUUCGGUGAAAAAUAUUUCCUAUCCGAAGAAUGAAAUUACGUGAGCAACUGUCUCACAAGCUCAUUAGUUUAUGACUGAAGGGGGUGUUCGAUUAGGCUUUUGUAUAAUGACACUGUUGAAUAUUUGAACGAGUUAGAUGCUAUUUUGUGUUUCCACACCGUUGAAUAUAUGAAUGGGUCAGCGUAUCUUUUAGGUUCAGUGGGGAUUUUUUGUAUUAGAUGAAUAACUCGAUAGUGUUGCAUACUUUGAUAACAUUCCCUCCGAGGGUCGAAGGCCCAUGGGAAGAGUGUUUCGUUAAGCUAUUAAACAUAAUCUUGUAAUUCAUCUAUGUAUGAUAUACAACAUUGUUGCAAGUUAAAGCUCACUGGUGUGUGUCUCAAUAAUAUCACAUUUUGAGGAAUAUUUAAGUAGUAUACCUCGCGAUAGUACUAAAACGAUAUUGAAUUUCCAUGAAAAAAUAAAUAAAUAAAUUUUGAUGCACAUGUGUUGCGAUGAUAGAAAAAAAAGAUAUCUUGAUAUCUAGCAGUACAUUUACACGACAUUUCAAGUAUGCGGUGGAUAAGUAAUCUUUUGGGGAAGAAUACAUUACGCUUAAUUUCAUUACAAAGCUUAAGUUAUCCCAUCACAGAUCGUCUUACUUUUAAACAAAACCUCGAGCAGGAUUUUG